CACACACACACACACACACACACACACACGCACAAGUAGUUUACAUUGUUGCCCGACUUUUGCAACAACUCGCCGCGUCGCGGCCUCCGCGCGCCGCCGCCGCCGCCGGCUCCCCGCGCCCGGGCCCCGGCCGGCUGCCCGGGCCGCCGCCACCCGCCGCCACCCGCCGCGGCUGGGCAUGAGUUAGUCGCAGACAUGGACACCAAACAUUUCCUGCCGCUCGACUUCUCCAGCCCGGUGACCUCCUCGCCCCUCAACUCCCCGACGGGCCGGGGCUCCAUGGCCGCGCCCUCCCUGCACCCCUCCCUGGGGCCGGGCCUGGGCUCGGCGCUCGGCUCUGCUGGGCAGCUACACUCACCCAUCAACGGCAUGGGCCCGCCCUUCUCGGUCAUCAGUCCUCCCGUGGGCCCCCACUCCAUGUCCGUGCCCACCACGCCCACCCUGGGCUUUGGCACUGGUAGCCCCCAGCUCAACUCGCCCAUGAACCCUGUCAGCAGCAGUGAGGACAUCAAGCCCCCACUAGGCCUCAAUGGCGUCCUCAAAGUCCCCACCCACCCCUCGGGAAACAUGGCGUCUUUUACGAAGCACAUCUGUGCCAUCUGCGGAGACCGCUCCUCAGGCAAGCACUAUGGCGUGUACAGCUGCGAAGGCUGCAAAGGCUUCUUCAAGCGGACAGUGCGCAAGGACCUGACCUACACGUGCCGCGACAACAAGGACUGCCUGAUUGACAAGCGGCAGCGGAACCGGUGCCAGUACUGCCGCUACCAGAAGUGCCUGGCCAUGGGCAUGAAGCGGGAAGCCGUGCAGGAGGAGCGGCAGCGAGGCAAGGACCGGAAUGAGAGUGAGGUGGAGUCCACCAGCAGCGCCAACGAGGACAUGCCCGUGGAGAAGAUCCUGGAGGCCGAGCUGGCCGUGGAGCCCAAGACCGAGACGUACGUGGAGGCGAACAUGGGGCUGAACCCCAGCUCGCCCAACGAUCCGGUCACCAACAUCUGCCAGGCAGCCGAUAAGCAGCUCUUCACGCUCGUGGAGUGGGCCAAGCGGGUCCCACACUUCUCCGAGCUGCCCCUCGAUGACCAGGUCAUCCUACUGCGGGCAGGUUGGAAUGAGCUGCUCAUCGCCUCCUUCUCGCACCGGUCCAUCGCUGUGAAGGACGGGAUCCUGCUGGCCACGGGGCUGCACGUGCACCGUAACAGCGCCCACAGCGCAGGGGUGGGCGCCAUCUUCGACAGGGUGCUGACGGAGCUGGUGUCUAAGAUGAGGGACAUGCAGAUGGACAAGACAGAGCUGGGCUGCCUGCGCGCCAUCGUCCUCUUCAAUCCCGACUCCAAGGGCCUGUCCAACCCGGCGGAGGUGGAGGCACUGAGGGAGAAGGUGUAUGCGUCACUGGAGGCUUACUGCAAACACAAGUACCCGGAGCAGCCCGGCAGGUUUGCCAAGCUGCUCCUGCGCCUGCCGGCCCUGCGCUCCAUCGGGCUCAAGUGCCUGGAGCACCUCUUCUUCUUCAAGCUGAUUGGGGACACACCCAUCGACACCUUCCUCAUGGAGAUGCUGGAGGCGCCGCACCAGAUGACCUAGGCCGCCGCCAGCCCGGCCCUCGCGCCUGGCCCGCCUGGACGCCAGCCGCCCUGCUCAGCCCGAGCCUGUCCCUGCCAGCCCGCGUGGACCUCCGCGGCGGUGCCCUUGGCGUGUCGGCCCAGCUUGCCUGUGGCCCAGGAUGGUGGCCGGAGAGGCGAGAACUGGCCUGAGGCCCAGCCGUUGCUGCCAGCCCCAGGGUCUGGGCAGCUUGUGGGGUCACAGGGUCGGGGAGCCGGGGGCCAGUGUCUCUCGCUUUGCCGCUGGUGUCCGACGUCGCUGGGGUCUGCUCCCCACCUUGGGGCGGGGGCCUGGUCUUGGCCGACUCAGAGCACGGAUCCCCGCCAGGUGUGAGGAGGAGGGGCACGUGGUGGCAGGUGUGCCUGGUGGAAACGGCCGCCCACCCCACCC